AGUCCCCGCCCACAAGAGGCUGAUGGCCCUUUAACACUCCCGAUGUUGCCUAGGUAACAUUAGCAUUAGCAUUAGCAUGUGAGCAUCUCCGGAUUCCUCGGUCGCUGUCCUCCUGUUCUCCCGGACCUCCACCCACCGAGUCUCCUCCGUGACCCACUCAGAAGAUGAGCGGCAGCACCGAGGAGGUCCAGGCCGUGAGCUGCAGCAUCAAACCACCGGUCUACCUGCAGAUCGGAGACACCAGAACAGAUGCAGCUCACUCUGGUAUCUGUGUGGUGGACGUCUCCCUGCCGUUUGGAAAGCCUGUCAGUAUUGAGGAAAUCUCCUUUAAGAAUUACUACACAGCCUCUGUGAGUGUGCGCCUGUUGAGGAGGGGCCCCGGGCAGGAGGCCCCGGCCAAGUGGUGCACGGCUCUGAGAGACCUGUCCCUAAUGAGCAACCCCCACACCGAGGGGGGCUCCCAGGACUUCUAUUCCAUCCACAGGAGUCAGAUGAUGAAGGAGCCUGAUCAUGUGGUGUCCGUGCGACUGAUCCUGAGACAGCCGUCCUCCGCCUGGUUGACCUUCAGCCUUGAAGACAUUAAGAUAUUCCCCCACACGGAGCCGGAUCCAGAGAAGGAGGUUUCUGAUUGGCUGUCUGACCUGACCCUGGUCGACCAACACCCCGACCUGGAGGGCCUCCCCGACCCUCAGACCGUCUCGUCAAGCAUCCAGCAGAUGUGGGCGCUGACUGAGGUGAUGCAGACCAAUCAGACGACGGCGUGCAUCGGACGAUUCGAUGUGGACGGAUGCUACGACAUCAACCUGCUGUCUCUCACGUGACGUCUUCCUCGAGCGCUCGCCUGCACAGGAAGUUCACUUCAUGGAGAACAACAGUAAAAGAAGGAAUAAUGUUGAAUACGUAUAGAAACAACUGUGUAAUGUACGACAUCUUCAGAGAAGAACAAGUUUCAUGUUGUAACUGAUACAGACGUCUGCUUUGUUCUAUACAGUUCAAAUAAACAAGUACCACACAAA